AUGUUUCUGAAGGCAACUCUGCUUCUGGGGCUUGCUGUCCUGGGCAUUCAUGUCUGGGCCAUUGAAAUGGAAUUCGUAGACAUUAGUAAGGACCACGAUUAUUUUACGGUGUCUGUGGAGUUCGCUGUGGCUUGGUUCAACAGUGGCAAUACCGAGGAGCAGGCCUACAAGCUGCUAGAGGUGAGGCGAGCCCAACAAAAGAGCUGGACAAUGAUAUAUUUAAUGGAACUGGACCUGGGCCGCACAGUUUGUAAGAAACACGACGAAGACAUUGACAAAUGCCCCCUGCAAGAAAGCCCAGGAGAGAGAAAGCUGAACUGCACUUUCAUUGUGGACUCACGGCCCUGGUUUACCCAGUUUACCCUCCUGAACAGCACCUGCCAGCAGAUAUAG